UGAAAGUGACGCUGAUUGGUCAUUUACGUAACACGUUCUCGCGUCUACUUCCUCCUCUCUCGCAGUGAAAAUGGCGGAGUACGACCUCACCACCAAAAUUGCCCAUUUUUUGGACAGACAUCUCGUCUUUCCUUUGCUGGAAUUCCUUUCUGUCAAAGAGAUCUACAAUGAGAAGGAACUGCUUCAUGGAAAAUUGGAUCUCCUUAGCGAGACCAACAUGGUGGACUUUGCCAUGGAUGUUCACAAAAACCUCUUCCCUGAGAAAGAGAUCCCCGCCACCCUAAAGGAGAAGAGGAUCACUGUGGUGGCUCAGCUGAAGCAGCUGCAGGGUGAGACGGAGCCCAUUGUGAAGAUGUUUGAGGACCCAGAGACCACAAAACAGAUGCAGUCAACCAGGGAUGGACAGGCCCUUUUUAACUAUCUGGCGGAGAAACACAGCUUCCGUCAGGAGUACCUGGACACUCUGUACAGAUAUGCCAAGUUCCAGUACGAGUGUGGAAACUACUCUGGGGCUGCCGAGUACCUCUACUUCUUCCGUGUCCUGGUCCCGGCCACAGACAGGAAUGCCCUGAACUCCCUGUGGGGGAAGCUGGCCUCUGAGAUCCUGAUGCAGAACUGGGAGGCUGCGAUGGAAGACCUCACCCGCCUGAGGGAGACUAUCGAUAACAAUUCGGUGAGCUCCCCUCUCCAGUCUCUUCAGCAGAGGACCUGGCUGAUCCACUGGUCCCUAUUCGUCUUCUUUAACCACCCCAAAGGCAGAGACAACAUCAUUGAGCUCUUCCUGUAUCAGCCACAGUACCUCAACGCCAUUCAGACCAUGUGCCCACACAUCCUGCGUUACCUGACCACUGCUGUCAUCACAAACAAAGACGUUCGCAAGCGGCGGCAGGUCCUGAAAGAUCUGGUCAAGGUCAUACAGCAGGAGUCCUACACCUACAAAGAUCCCAUCACAGAGUUUGUGGAGUGCCUGUAUGUGAACUUUGACUUUGACAGCGCUCAGAAGAAACUGAGGGAGUGUGAGUCGGUGCUUGUGAAUGACUUCUUCCUGGUGGCUUGCCUGGAGGACUUCAUUGAGAAUGCCCGUCUGUUCAUCUUUGAGACUUUCUGCAGGAUCCACCAGUGCAUCAGCAUCAGCAUGCUGGCAGACAAGCUGAACAUGACCCCCGAGGAGGCGGAGAGAUGGAUUGUCAACCUUAUCCGCAAUGCCAGGCUGGAUGCCAAGAUAGACUCCAAACUGGGUCACGUGGUGAUGGGGAACAACGCUGUGUCGCCGUACCAGCAGGUGAUUGAGAAGACAAAGAGCCUGUCCUUCAGGAGCCAGAUGCUGGCCAUGAACAUCGAGAAGAAGAUGGCCCAUGCCAGCAGGAAUGAGACACCCAACUGGGCAGGUCAAGAGACUGGCUUUUAGCAAGACACCACCGAGAAUGUUUUUAUUCCUGUUUCUACACAGCAUUCCCAUCCAGCAACAACAUCCUGUUUUUUUUCUUUUCUUUUUCUGCUUGUCCUUCAAGGAGCAGAGGAUUUUUUUUCCCUUGGUUCGAGUCAUCAGUGAUUCAAUAAAACAGACGUGCAAAAACCAUUUCCA